AUGGCAGCAGCAUCAGCAGCGUCGCCUCUAGCCAAUCAAACAGCAGCCGUGAUUUCGCAAUUUACGACCGCCGACAUCUCCUCCUCCUCUUCCCGUCCGUCCCGUUCAUCUUCCCGCAGCCAUCUAUCGUUGUCGAAAGCGACGCCUUCACUUCUCACGGUCCGUUACCACAGUCAGUCAAUUUCGUCAUCGCGUUCGUUUCCCCGCUCUCGGUUAAGCCCCCGCGCGGCGUCCACGGGUGGCGGAGGAAAUGGCGAGGAAAACAUCGGCGGAGGAUGGGGGAAGGGCGGUGGCGGCGGCGGUAACGGCGGAAAUAAUGGUGGUGGCGGAGGGAACGAGGGCGGAGAUGGCGAUUCGGGUCCGAACGACGAAUAUGGUGGAAUUAGAGGUCGCUUGGUGGUGGCUGUUGCAGCCGCGGCAGCAGCUAUUACCUUAUCGUCUUCAGACGAGCUCCGCGCUCGAGCAAGCAAUCCGCUAUUCGCCUCAGUCUCCGCUUCCGCUUCCGCCGCCGGUCCUCCCGCCAGCGCAGCGAAACCUUCCGCGACGUCCGCCGAGGCGGAUAACGCGAAGGGGAACUCGGCGGAGGUCGCCGUUUCCCCGUCCUCCGCCGGCUCUUCGCGUCCGUCGAAUCCCCGUACCGCCGAGCUUAACGGAGACGAUGACGGAUUCGGGGUGACGGACUGGCUGGGCGGCGCUUUGUACGCGUUAUUGUCGAAGCACGUGGACCGGCAGAUGAAGCGGCGCGCGGCGGCGGAGAGGCAGCAGGUGCUGGCGGAAGCGGCGGACAUGGUGGCGGCGGUGCUGGAGGAGAAGAAAGCGCGGGAGAGCGAAGAUCCCGUCGCGCACCGCUCUGAGGUGGGAGCUCUGCGCAGGUUGCAGCGCGAGGCCUUUCAAGACCUGCUCCGUCUUAAAGACUCCAUGCACACGCUCCAGAUCGUCACCGCGGUGGUUCCUGGCGCGGACGGGCCUAGGGGGCACUCCGCGCGCGCGGCGCUGGAAGAGGCGGGAAUGCGGUCAGGCCUGCUGGUGAAAUUCAAGUUCGAAACUCUCUGUCGCGCAGCGGAUCUGCUUAUAACGGAGCUGACGGCGGGGUUGGGCGAGGACAGCAGUAGCUUCAUGCUGGGAGGGCCGAUUAAUCUGCACAAGGUGGUGUAUAGCGCGGAGGUUGCGGACGGUGUGAGGGUGGUCGCGGCGCCCGUGGGAGCCACGGGCACGGAUAUUGCCGAGUCCAUGAACCCUCUCAAGAACCAAGGCCUGACCCGCUUCGCGUCAAACGGCAUUCCCCUGCAUCAGCGCGCCAAGGGCACAGCCCUCGGCCUCUCCCUAGCCAGCUCCUCCGCCUCUUUCUCCUUUGCCCAGUUCCUGCACGGAUGGGGUGUCACUCCCGACGCUGCAGAGGGCGGCGAUGCCAGCGCCGGCCUCUGCUCCUCCUCUCUGGUUCAACUCGCGCUUCAGCCUCAGGACAACGUGCUCCUUUCCUUCUCGGCUCUUCGCCGCGUCUGGCCCGCCCCGCCGCUCCCCUCUGCGCCGGGCCUGCAUUGGUCCGAGCUCGGCCCGAUGGUGCUCCCGAGGCUGCUGCCGUGGUUCGGCGGGAGGUCCGGGGCUGUGGUUGGGGGGAAGGAGGAUCCUACCCGGGCUGCUCCGGCGGGAGUGGAUGAGUAUUCUGGGAGUGAAGGGAGGGAGCUAUGGCUGCCACCGCCUAUGGACCCUACUAUUGUGCAAUCAGUGGCAGUGGCAGGUGCUGUGAGGCUGAAUGCGCGGACGACUAUUGCUGCAUGGGCACAGGCGGAAGGUGGGGAGUGGGUUCCCGAGGAGGCUCAGAAGCGGUUGCAGUGGUCUCUUUCCCUGCUGCGGCAAGGGAAGGGCGAGGCCGGGGAGGAGGAGGGUGAGGAGGAGAGCGGGGAGGCUGGAGAGGAGGAGGAGAAGCAGGAGGUGCGACGGGGCGGAGCAACAGCAUCCGCAUCCGCAGCAGCAGCAGCAGCGACAGGCGAGGGGAGUGGAGAUGCGAGUGGGGAGCCGAAGAAGCGGCAAUCCAAGAAGAAGGCAGGCUGGGGCGUGUGGAAAACGCUUGACAAGGCGGGCUAUGGCCUGUGCUUGGGCAUCAUGCAACCAGACGCGGUUACAGCAGCAGCCGGGCCUAGCUCGAGUGGGAGCGGUAGCGGGGGGAUGGGAGCAGUAGCAGGCGGAGGUGGGGGAGGAGGGGGUGGGGAGGGGAACGGGGGAAUGGGGCACGGAGGGUUGCUACCGGGGCAGCUUCAGGCAGAGGCGUUUGCGAGGGUGACGUGUGGGCAGGGCGUGGUGCUACAGCCGGGGAUAGUGGUUGCAAUGAAUGAGCAAUCGGGGUGCCAUCCUGCCCUCAUGCUCCGCACCUCCUGGUCUCUCUGA